AUGACUCGGCUUUUUCUAACUUCCAUGGACCAAAACCAAUAUCUUGUUGCUCUUUUCAUCAUAAUUGCACUUUGGAGUUCUCAGGCAAUGUCUAGAACCCUUCUUCAAGACGAAGUUUCAUUAUCAGAAAGACACGAGCAAUGGAUGUCAAAACAUGGCAAGGUCUAUAAGGAUGCUGCAGAGAAGGAAAAACGUUACCAAAUAUUCAAAGACAAUUUGGCCUACAUUGAAUCCUUCAAUAUGGCUGGGAACAAAUCAUACAAACUCAAAAUUAAUCAUCUUGCUGACCAAACCAAUGAAGAAUUCAAGGCUUCCAGUACAGGUUUAAACAGAUUAUAUGGACAGAUGAAAAAUACAGGAAUAACAUUUAAGUAUGAAAAUGUCACUGAUAUUCCUGCUACCAUGGAUUGGAGGAAACGAGGGGCUGUAACUCGAGUUAAAAAUCAAAGGCAUUGUGGUAGUUGCUGGGCAUUUUCAACCGUGGCAGCAAUAGAAAGUAUGUUCAAAAUAGCUGGUGGAAAAUUAGUGUCCCUCUCGGAGCAACAACUCGUGGAUUGUAACACAAAUGGUGUGAGCAACGGAUGUAGUGGUGGCAAUAUGGAAGAUGGAUUUGAAUUCAUUAUAGCAAAGGGUGGAAUCGCCUCACAAGAAAAUUAUCCAUACAAGGGAGUUGAUGGAACUUGUGAUAAGAAGGCCUCUCACAUAGUUGAGAUUCCGGUUCAUAGCUAUGGAAGGGUCCCUAGUAAUAGUGAGAAAGCACUCCUCAAAGCCGUGGCUAAUCAACCCGUGUCAGUUUCUAUUGCUGUUGGAAGGAACUUCCAAUUUUACUCAAGUGGUAUUUUUUCAGGAGAAUGUGGAACUAGGAACAACCAUGAAGUUACAAUAGUUGGUUUUGGUAUAAAUAAAGAUGGUACUAAGUAUUGGCUUGCAAAAAACUCAUGGGGCAAGAGAUGGGGAGAAAAAGGAUAUAUAAGGAUGCAGAGAGACAUAGAUGCAGAGGAAGGCUUGUGUGGUAUUGCAACAGAUGCUUCUUUCCCAAAUAUCUACCAGGAAUACAUCCCAAAUAAGGGAGGUUUACCAUUUAUAGCCUCCACAACAAAUUGGUUUAUGGAGAUUGUAACUGAGAGUUUCUUUAACUCUCCUAAAUCAAUUUAA